GCUGCGUACUUUCUGCUUCUCUGUGAUGGCUUUUUUAAUCCAAAAUCUUCACCAAAAGCUGGAGAGCACGAUGGGGCGGAUCCGGUCUGAUGUUUUCAUCGAUUUCCGAAUACGGAAUUUCGGCCUCUACUUGAAAUCCGUGUUUCAGAAAGACUUUCUGGGAGAAGAGCCCUGUUGCGUCAGCUUUGAAGACCUGAAAGGAGACUCUGCUCUUGAAUGACCAGAAUUUUGAGGACAUGUAACUUUAUGUAACAUUGUAAGAACACCUUGGCAUAACGACAAUCACCGCAUGCAUAUUAAUCGAAGGGCAUGCUGAAACAAAGAGAAAAUGUAAGUCGAGUAACGAUGGGAUAUGGAUUUAAAAAAAUCAUGAACGAUUCGAUACACGAGGGUGGAAAUAAAUUUAGGUUCGAGAUCAGAAAAUAGAACACUCAAGAGACAGCCAAGAGGAUACUUAAUCCUGGAGGAAUAUUUUUGUUGCCAGGGAAAAAUUAAGAAUAAUUACCAUUCCUUUCUGAUCGAGGAGCAUCCUCGAAUAUCCUUGUUUCAAUGUUUGGAGACAGUGCUGUUCAAGUUCAAAGUGGCAGUCUCCACGUUGACAAAGACCCACGGCUCGAUUGAGUGGCUCGUCAGCAAAAAAGUUGAGCCUCAGGUGGUCGAUUACGUCGGAAAAACGAUUUUCCGGGAUCGCGACGACUGUCAACUCCCCGGUCGACAUGUUGAAGAACUCUGCGCGAUUUUGCGAUUUUUAGGCAAUAUAAUGUCUGAAAGACUCUCCAUGCGCACGUCACUUCCAGACACAGACGUUUCCAUGCGAGUCUGUCCAUCCCCGUAUGGGUAAGGGCUAACAUGGUUGAUGGUAUACAGGGGCGAAAAGUAUCAAAAGUUGAAGCAAGAGGUAGAAAAACAGAGCAAAAAAUUGGAAAAAAGAAAAGAAGUUCAUGGAGACACUUUGGACAAACAACAGAAGAAAAAAAUUGAACGAGAGGAAGAAAGACUAAAGAAUAACAAUAGAGACUUGUCUCUCGUAAAAAUGAAAUCCAUGUUUGCGAUCGGUUUUGCAUUUACUGCCCUUUUGAGCAUGUUCAACAGUAUUUUUGAUGGCAGAGUCGUUGCCCGGCUGCCAUUUGUUCCAAUUAGUUGGAUUCAAGGCCUCUCCCAUAGAAAUCUCCCUGGAAAUGACUACACAGAGUGCUCUUUUAUAUUUUUAUACAUUCUGUGUACAAUGAGUAUAAGACAGAACAUACAGAAAAUGCUGGGUUUCGCUCCUUCACGUACAGCAAGUAAACUCAGCGGUGGAAUUUUUGGACCCCCACCACAACAAUUUAAAUAAGUCUUUUAUUUGUCUGUCAAGUAAUUUUCGUCAUCUUUCCCCGAAACUGUUUAAUGACUUAAACAGACACAAUUUUGUACAUAUUUUUCCGCUUCGCGAAGACUGUUUAUUACUGUAA